GACGAGACGAAAGACAUGGCGGCCAAACAAAGCGACAGCGGCUACCCUUCGGGGCUCAAGUUAGCGUUCCUCAUGUUGUCCAUAUUCGCGGCCAUGUUCUUGGUGACCUUGGACAAAAUGAUCAUCUCAACUGCUAUUCCUGACAUCACCGAUACAUUCCACUCAAAGGACGAUGUUGGAUGGUACGGAACAGCGUAUUUGCUCACCAAUUGCGCAUUCCAGUUGGUGUUUGGAAAGCUGUACAAGUUCUUCCCUCUCAAGGUCACUUUCUUGAUAUCUUUGCUACUCUUCAUGGCCGGCUCUGCCCUCUGCGGUGCAGCUCCAAAUUCCAUCGCGUUCAUAUUCGGCAGAGUCGUAGCUGGCCUGGGGGCGGGAGGCGUUCUUCCUGGUGUGAUGGUCAUCAUGGUCUAUGCUGUUCCGCUGCAGAAGCGGCCUAAGUACCAAGGCUUUUUUGGCGCCAUAUUUGGUGUCGCUUCAGUGCUCGGGCCUACCAUUGGCGGCGCUUUCACUACACACGUCACCUGGAGAUGGUGUUUUUACAUCAACCUUCCCAUUGGAGGUGCCGUGAUGGCGCUGGUGUUCUUCCUACUCGAUGUGCCUGACCAGCCCGGCACCAAUAUUCCUCUCACAGACAAGCUGCGGCAGUGGAGCAAUGGGCGUGUUAUUGUGUUGUUUGUUUUUGCCUUCCUGCUCUUGAUCGCCUUUUGCAUUGUCCAGGUCUGGCUCCCGGAUCAAGCCGUUCUCCCACCGCGUGUUGCCUUUCAGCGCAGCAUCGCUUCCGGCUUCUUGACGAGCUCGUGCGUCGGAGCACACCAGACUAUAUUCCUUUACUAUCUGCCUAUCUGGUUCCAGGCGGUCAAGGGCAAGUCGGCAGUUGAAAGCGGCAUAGACCUCCUUGCCAUGGUCAUUCCUAUCGCCGUGACAGCGAUUGUCAAUGGUCAGCUAGUCUCCUUGAUUGGUUACUACACGCCCUCCCUGAUAUUCGGCGUCUGCUUCACGGCGAUCGGCGCCGGCUUGCUCACCACCUUCGGAGUCCACACUCCAAAGGCAAAGUGGAUCGGCUACCAGAUUUUGUACGGUCUUGGCCAAGGCUUUGCCUCGCAGGCUCCGAAUAUGGCCGCCCAAACCGUGUUGCCGAAAGAGGACGUAGCCAUUGGCGCAUCGCUGAUGUUCUUCGGGCAGACGCUUUUCGGCGCCGUCUUCGUCUCCGUCGGGGAGAACGUGCUUGAUAACCGGCUGACAAAAAGCCUCGCCGGCAUCCCAGGCAUAAACUCUGAAGUUAUCAAGGACACUGGGGCUACGGACAUGAUCAACAUAAUCGGAAACCAGUACCGCACGUCCGCGCUGGAGGCGUACAACAAAGCGCUGCGCGCCGUCUUCCAGGUUGGUCUUUGCAUGGCCUGCCUCGCUAUUCCUAGCGCUCUUACCAUGGAGUGGCGCACCGUCAAGAAGAAGAUGCCGCCCAAGAUUCCAGAUGGUGCGCAGCUUGCUGAGAAGGGUAAUGAACAGGGUAAUGCAGGGGAGCAGGAAGUGCCAACAACGAAGGCAGAAGAAGCAGUGGGAAAAGAAACUAUCAUCAAGGCUACCGAUAACGAGAAGUACCAAGACAGGGACGCAAAUGGGGCGGAGUCGAUAGUGAGUAGUGAUGCCACGCAUACUGCCACCCCGAACGAGGAAAAGCUUGGGUAA